UUUUUUUUGGCCCCACCAUCACCCCUUCCAGCCGACCCCGGGGGACUUUAGCAGCAGCAGCAGGAGCCUCCAGCUCCCCUGCAGGGACUUGCCUCCUAGAGAAAGUUUGCUUUUAUUUUAUCCCCCCCUUUUCUUGACCCCCCCAACCCCUUACAGGCUCCUGCCCCUGCCAACUCCGCAGCUGGCUCGCGCCGGGGGCUUGGGUAGCGCGGGGCGGGCUGCGAGCGGCGCGUGUCCCACGGGGCUGGGCAGCGGGGGCUGCUCUGCGCGCAGCGAGCGGCUCCCGGCGGUGAGUCCCCGCGGGCUGUGCGAGCGGGGCAGCAGCGGGGCGCGUUUGCUGCCUGUGGGGGCGGGAAGCCGCCCACCCCCACCCCGGGGCGCACACCGGUUGCACCUGAGCAGCUCUUUUCUCCCCCCCCCCCAUUGCCACCGCAGCCCUUCCUCGGGGUCUGCCUGCGCAGCCGGAGGAGGGGGCAGAGAGUGACCAUGCGAGAGAGAGGGAAGGUUUAACCCCUUCGCCUCCCCCCCCCACUCAUGAAUUAACUCCCGAGGGGGGGAGCAGCAGAGCCCGGGGACAGAAGGAGCCGGGCAUCCCUCGUCUGCCUCAGAGGCGAGCCAGCAGCAGCAGCAGCCGGCUGGGAGCGAUGCCUCUGAGGCUCGGCUGGCUUUGGUGGGGAGGGCUGCUGUGCAGCUGCUGCUACUCCCCGCCGCCGCCCGUGCUGCCCCUGCUGCCCGCCGGGGGGGCGCUGCUGGCGGACAGCAGCAGGGAGCAGCCGCAGCCUCCAGCCGCCUCCUCGCCGGGAUUCCUCUACCGGCGCCUCAAGUCGCACGAGAAGCGGGAGAUGCAGAAGGAGAUCCUGUCCGUGCUGGGGCUGCCGCACCGGCCCCGGCCGCUGCACGGGCUGCAGCCGCGGCCGCCUCCUCCCCAGCAGCAGCAGCAGCAGUUGCCCCCGCCGGGCAGGCUCAACUCGGCUCCUCUCUUCAUGCUGGAUCUGUACAAUGCCCUGUCCAGCGAGGAGGAGCAGGAGCAGGGGCCGGGGGCAGAGCGCCGCCGCCUGCAGCCCCCCACCGCUCACACCCUGCAGCGCAAGACCCUCAUCCCCCAGCCGGGACCCAGUGGCGGCUCCCCCUCGGCCAGCUCGCAGGACAGCGCCUUCCUCAACGACGCGGACAUGGUCAUGAGCUUUGUGAACCUGGUUGAAUAUGACAAAGAGUUCACACCUCACCAACGACACCACAAAGAGUUCAAGUUUAACUUGUCCCAGAUCCCAGAGGGGGAGGCAGUUACUGCUGCGGAAUUCCGAAUCUACAAGGACUGUGUCAUGGGGAGUUUUAAAAAUCAAACCUUUCUUAUCAGCAUCUAUCAAGUCCUGCAAGAACAUCAGAACAGAGAUUCUGAUCUGUUUUUGCUGGAUACCAGAGCAGUGUGGGCCUCAGAAGAAGGUUGGCUGGAGUUUGACAUCACUGCCACCAGUAACAUGUGGGUGAUGAACCCUCAGCACAACAUGGGGCUCCAGCUGAGUGUGGUGACCAGGGAUGGUCUCAAUGUAAACCCUAGAGCAGCAGGCCUGAUAGGCCGAAAUGGCCCUUACGACAAGCAGCCUUUCAUGGUGGCCUUUUUCAAAGUGAGUGAGGUUCAUGUUCGGACCACUAGGUCAGCCACAAGCAGGCGCAGGCAGCAGAAUCGAAACCGCUCCACUCAGUCUCAAGAUGUUUCCAGGGUAUCUAGUGUUACAGAUUACAACAGCAGUGACCUAAAAACAGCUUGCCGAAAGCAUGAACUUUUCGUUAGCUUCCAAGAUUUGGGAUGGCAGGAUUGGAUAAUUGCACCAAAAGGCUAUGCAGCAAACUACUGUGAUGGAGAAUGUUCUUUCCCACUCAAUGCACACAUGAAUGCCACCAAUCAUGCCAUUGUACAAACUUUGGUUCAUCUUAUGAAUCCUGAAUACGUUCCCAAACCCUGUUGUGCACCUACCAAACUAAAUGCCAUAUCAGUUCUUUACUUUGAUGAUAACUCCAAUGUCAUUUUGAAAAAAUAUAGGAAUAUGGUAGUAAGAGCGUGUGGAUGUCACUGAUGCACAAACAUUCUUCAGCCAGACUGACUGUGCAAUUCUAACAUGAACUUCUAGAUUACACCUACCUGAUCUUGGAGAAAGUCAACAAAUGCUCUUGAGAUGAAACAGACUUCUAAAACACACUGUGUGCGCCUUAUGAGAGGAAGCAGCAGGGUACUUCUUCAUUGAUGUGUACUCACUUUGUUAGUUUUUAAAUCCAGCACCUGUUCCCAUUACAAACUGAUCUACAGCAUGGCAGCCUUUCUGAUCUGCAAAAACAUGAACUGCAAGGCUCGCAAAAAUGAAAUCAGUCCCUACAAAUUUUGUUAGCUUCGAUCAUUCCCUGUAUGGUAUUAAACUCCCCUGAGAGUAGCAGAAACUUAAAACAGGAGCUUGACCUCGUCAGUUGGUCAGUCUGCACUUCAGUUUUACCAAACCAGCAUCUGCUACAUAUAAGCCUUGAAAAAGUGUCUCCUGCAGACAAAAGGCAAAGCUGUAGUAGUAAAAUAUAGAAAUUAUGCUUUUAAUACCUUACCAUCAUGCAUUUUACGUUGGGACAACCCCAACGUUAGGAAGUGCCUUCUAUUUAAAGAAUAGUUGCUACAUCAGUAUGAGUGGUUUCUUCCAGAAGCCAACCUGAUAAACAGCAACUUCAGUUGUGCCAAAGCAAGCCUUUGACCCUCUGCAUUCUCCAAACACAUAUGCUGAACCAUAGACUUGACUAGAUAUUUAACUGCACCAUGUAUUAGUUACAUAAGGACAAAGCCACUCCCUGCCUGGUUUUUUGAGAUGAAUGUUCUAACUAGGCAGUGAAUUUAUAAAUUUGUUCUUGUGCAGCUUCCCACUUUGUUUAGAUUCUAUAACUCCUGCACGAUGCAUCAACUAAGCCUGUUCUGUUUUAUUCCAAACAUUCUUUGCUCUUCAACUGUACCACCACAGAGGAGGCUGCAAUCAGGACAGUUCUACAACUGUAAGUUUAUACAUAAAUUUUGAAGCAGCUCCUGUGUUGGAGAGUGGGCACAUUAGUGAAGAUGCAGUUUAUGUAAAACUAUCUGGCCAAAAAGGAAAUUGCAUUUAAGAAGUUGGUUUAAAGGAUAUAUUCACAUUUUAGCCAUAGCUUCUAAUAGACUAGUUUUAUUCCCAAUGUUAAUAGUAACAAUGAAUUUUCUGAUCAAUGUUAAACUUGUAUUAAAUGCACUUACCUCUAACUCUUGCAUUUAAAAAAGCUUCUUGUAAAUACAAGCUAUAAUUUAUUGCAAUUGUCAUCAUUGUGCUGUAACAUUUAUAGAAAGACUGGGCUUUUUAAAAAAAGUUUUUAUUUAGAAAGUCUCAGUGUAAACAAUUGUACUACUUUGAUUUUAUACAAGAAACUCAUGAGCCAAAGCUUGGGCUACUCAUGAGAUUGUGCUUCACAAGAGUUUUAAAAAACAUUAAUAAAGGCUUCCUUUAAGGCA